AAUUAAAAGAAGAGAGCAUUUAUUAGCAUCAACAUGUAAAUGUUUGGAAAGCCAGUGCAAGCUCUGUAAAUUCCGUAACUGAACAAAAGCUGAAAUGUAACUUUACUGGGCCUAGGAUAUAAAACUCCAUGAACUGACUCAAUUAAUGAAUUAAAGCUGCUUGCCAUGUGGUCAGGUACCGAUUCAAGUGGAAUUCUUUGGAUUUGUUUGGGCAUAGGGUUGAUUUUAAUAUUCACUCUGUUUACCUUAAUGGUCUUGUUUAAAUGGAAGCACCUAAAGCAACUAAAAGCAAAACUGGAAAACACAGACUCCCCUGUGGAGCUGAAUAAUAUUCUCAAGGCUAAUACUGAAAGCAGUGUGAAUACAGAAGAAAUUAGACACACACUUCCAAGUGAAACAUUAAUGUAUUCAGUGGAAGAAUGCACUUGCAGUGACUGUGGCUUGGUAAAACCUCAGACUGGCUGUGAAACUUCAUUUCCAUUACCAGCUACUGAAGAACGAGCUACUGUUCUAGUUACCACCAAAUCUUUUGAUUAUUACAACUAUGUUCUGGGUGUUGGAUGACUGGGAGAGAAGUGUAUUUCUACUGAGUAAUAAUAAAUGAGUUAUUCCAGUACAGCUGUAAACCUUAAUACUUGCAGUCAGUGGAGACGGUAGUACACCAUCCUUAGAGAUCUCCCAUUGUGCUUGCAUUAAUAUUGUCAUAUUAUUUCUAAUUCUAGUAUUUCAUUAGUCAACUAUUUCUACAGUAUUCUCAGGCAUUCAACUAGUUAUUGGAAUUUUUAGUUUCAGAAAGUUCUUACA